CCGACUCGAGUCCCAAUACAUGAUAAAAUAUUAAAAUCUUCACUUUCUUAGAGAAUAUUCUUUUAAUAAUGUAAAAAAACGUGUAAUAAAACUACUUAAAAUUAUCGAAAUUCGGUCUAUUGAAAAAUGAUGUAGAGCGAAACUGUGUGUCAAAACCAUGGAUCAAAAUAGUACCGACAUGUCAAUUUCGAAAUUAUAAAUACAUCUCUGCUAAUUGUUCCCCGUUUUUUUCUGGAAAAAAGAAUAUCUGUUAGCCAUUAGAAACUCUGUAAAAUCCUCAAAUUGUGUUAAAAAACGGUGCAUUGAGUUAUUAAGUUAAGAAUCAAUGUUUAAGCACUUUGGUUUCCAGGUGUAACUUCUCAGAUACCACCGACUAAUAUCCAGUAGAAAGAAUAAGAAGGGUCAAAAGAUGAGCAACUAAAACUAUAUUGCUAAACAUUUUCGCAUAAAACAAUCAGAUAAGCAGAUUCAAGUUUCCCGGAUUUAUUUUCUUAGCACAGUAACAAAAACACGCCGUCAACCUGGAACUAAUGGAAUUAGAGAAUAUAGUGGCCAAUACGGUCUAUUUGAAAGCUAGAGAAGGUGGAUCUGACAGUAAUAAAGGAAAAAGCAAAAAGUGGCGAAAAAUUUUGCAAUUUCCUCACAUAUCCCAAUGUGCAGAGAUAAAAUCUAAAAUAGACGUCAGUUACAAUUAUGUAGUUGAUCAACAACCUAUUGGCCGUUUACUGUUUCGACAGUUUUGUGAAGAGCAAAGGCCACAAUACUAUAGAUAUAUUUCAUUUUUAGAUGUGGUCAAUCGAUUCGAAAUUGAGACUGACGAGACUCGUUCAGAAGCUGCGCAAAAAAUAUGUCAAAAAUAUUUAUGCUCAGACGAAAAUAUCUUACCAAACAAUAAAUUAACAAAUAAAAGUGACGAAGAUGGUGUUCCACAAGAUCCAAAUAGUUUUAAUGAAAAAUAUUCUGCAUAUAAUUUGGUUUUAGAUGUAUUGAAUGCUGACAUUGUGUCACAAUGCAUAGAUAACAUAAAGAAUGCAAACAAAGAUCUUUUUGAUGGAUGUGUCAAUGCAGUAAAAUCAUUCUUAGAAGGUGAACCGUUUUCCGAAUUUGAAGAUUCAAUGUAUUUUCAUAGGUAUUUACAAUGGAAAUGGCUUGAGCGACAACUUGUGACUUACAAAACUUUCAGAAUGUAUAGAGUCUUAGGAAAAGGGGGAUUUGGAGAAGUUUGUGCAUGUCAGGUUCGGGCCACAGGAAAAAUGUAUGCUUGCAAAAAAUUGGAGAAAAAACGAAUCAAAAAAAGAAAAGGCGAAUCAAUGGUUCUGAUCGAAAAACAAAUAUUACAAAAGAUUAACUCUCGCUUUGUUGUCAAUUUAGCGUAUGCUUAUGAAACAAAAGAUGCUCUAUGUCUAGUAUUGACUAUUAUGAAUGGUGGUGAUUUAAAGUUUCAUAUUUAUAAUAUGGGAGGAGAACCAGGAUUUGAUAUACAACGGGCUUGUUUUUAUGCGGCAGAAGUAGUUUGCGGUUUGGAGCAUUUACAUCAACAAGGAAUCGUUUAUAGAGACUGCAAACCAGAAAACAUAUUGCUUGACGACUAUGGCCAUGUACGAAUAUCCGACUUAGGUUUGGCUGUUGAGAUUCCUGAAGGAGAAAUGGUUCGCGGAAGAGUUGGAACAGUUGGUUACAUGGCACCUGAAGUAAUUGACAACGAAAAGUACUCAUUUUCUCCUGAUUGGUUUAGUUUUGGAUGUCUUCUUUUUGAAAUGAUUGAAGGACAAGCUCCAUUUAGAGCACGUAAAGAAAAAGUUAAACGAGAGGAAGUAGAUCGAAGAGUUAAAGAAGACCAGGAGAAGUAUUCCAACAAGUUUAAUGAAGAUGCUAAAACUCUUUGUCAACAAUUAUUAUCGAAAUGCAUAAAGUCGCGGCUUGGUUGUCGUAAUGGUAGAUAUGGUGCGAGAGAAGUAAAGUUACAUCCGUUUUUCAACUCCAUUAAUUGGAAAAGAUUGGAAGCGGGCUUAGUAGAUCCUCCAUUUAUUCCAGAUCCUCAUGCGGUGUAUGCAAAAGAUGUAUUAGACAUCGAACAAUUUUCAACAGUAAAAGGAGUAAACUUGGAUGCAACAGACGAAAAUUUUUACUCCAAAUUCAACACAGGAUGUGUUAGCAUAUCGUGGCAAAAUGAAAUGAUAGAAACAGAAUGUUAUCGUGAAUUAAACGUAUUUGGGCCUAACUAUUCCAGGACACCAGAUCUUCAAUUAGAUGCAUUGCCAAUCAUUGACAGUAGUGGAUGUUUUCCUUUUAAAAGAAAGAAAAAGCAACUCUCAAGAACUCAACCUGUUCCAUUUGAUAUGAAAAUAUUGGUGUCUAGUCAUAAUCAACCGACAUCAGUUAAUGAAAGCUGAUAAAAUAACUGUUAAGCACAUAAUUAUACGUAAUUUAUUUCUAAAUUACCAUAUGUAAUACUAAAACUGCCAGUCUUCGUUUACAUGUACCGGAGACUGUUAAAGCUCAAAUGAACGUACAAUUUAUAUCUUCUACUAAAUAACAUACUGAUAAUCUACAUUUGUACAGAAGAAAUAGAAUAUAAAUUUUUGUUUAAACAGUA